GCUCUACAACAACGCGAAGCACGGUUAGCGGCGCUUCGAACUUUAUCAACACCACCUCCGACCAAUAAACAAGAACGACGAAAUCGUAAAACUCUUGAUCCACGAUUAGAAUUUACUAGAGAUGUAACUCCUAAAUCCCCUUCCCCUCCCCCUGUCAUUAUGACAGAUGAAAUAAUGCCUAUUAAAACUGAAUCUUCCAAUACGAUUCAGUCAGAAGACUCUACAACGAAACGUGAGUUUUCUCCUCCUUUAUAUGAUGAUGAUAUGGAAAUUGAUGAUGUCGCUGCAGUGAAUAUUGAAGUACCUCAAGAUCAAACGAUGGACGUUCUUGAAGCUGAAAGUAAAGCUGAUGUAAAAUCUGAACAAGAACCUCAACCUUUACCGCCACCUGUUCCAACCUUUAAAUUUCAACCUUACGCACUUCCACCUCCUGAAUCAUUAUCAGAAGAACAAUGUCACUCGUUUAUUAAAAAUGUUCUUAAAAAUAUUUUGGAUAUUGAGUCAAUGUUGUCACCAGAUGCGAAAGGAAAACGAUCCGACGUUGUUCUUACAACUUUAUCCAAUGGCAAAAGGAUGUCCAAAAGUCAAAUACAUAUGAUGGCUUCAAGAUUAUUGACAAGAGGUCUUGACAUCUCUCCAGAAAAAACAAUAAAAACUUGUGACGAAUUAAGAGAAAUGAUUGUUCAAUAUAUUCUUGAAGAUUUUAAGAACAGGACGGAAUUCGCAUUAACUUGGUUUGACGAAGAAUGGUAUCAUGAUUCCAUCAUGUCAUCAAAAGACCCAUCACAUAAACCAAAUUAUGUGAUUUGGCUCAGUAGAUUUCUCGAUAGAAUCAUGCCAACUCUUGAGGAUAGACUUUUUUUCACUCAAUUCUUAUUAAAUGUUCCAGAAUUACAAGAAGAUAUCGUAGAUCGUAUAAAAAUAUUUUUGAAUGAUCCUGAUAGAAUGUCUCUUGGUUUUUAUACUCUAAGAGAAUUAAUUGAUCAACGUCCUCCUGCUCGACCAUUUUGCAUGAAAAUUUUACUAGCAUAUUGUUUACAUAAAG